AUGUCUGACAUCGGUUCAGCCCCAUCGGGAAGAGCACCCUCAGAGGAAGAAUUCGGUAGCGAGGCGGGCCCAUCAGGCCGGUCUGCCGCUGCACAAUCCAGGAGAGGCACGCGAGCAUGCGAUAGGUGUCGCAAGAUCAAGAGUCGCUGUGAAAGCGCAGAAGGCAGCAGAUGUAGGAACUGCGUCGCAGCAGGAACUGCUUGCACUUUCCAAGGUUUGUCUACUACAUCUGCCAACACUGUCGCACACGAUGGACUCAUGCACUAUACAGGGCCGAGUUUCAAACGGGGGCCACCCAAAGGCUAUAUCCAUGCUAUUGAGCAACGAUGGCACCAGGUGGAAUGCAUCCUCGCGACUAUCAUGGCUUCUCCAAGGUCCCGCGAUAUCGUCGCAGAUCUACGUCAAGAUCGUCUCGCUCGAGCAAUCCUAGACCGAGUCGAAGCAGGACCUUACGGUUCUGUUGGGCGUGGAGGGGCACAACAAGGCGGUGAAGGCUUAUACAGUACAAUCAUGACUCAGUCCGGUAUGGGUGAAGACAGUCGGUCGAAGCGUCAGUCAAGACUAUCUCGGGAAAUUGUCUCCAGCCAAGGUACGUUUGUCCGCUCCCCAUAUCUUGCACUCAUUAGCUUACUACGCGGCGGUGACUUCCCAGACACAGAGAUGUCGGCUCCUCCUACAGUCGAAUGGCAAGAGCAGCUGUAUCGCCGUCUUUCGGGCACCCCUGUGUAUAGCUCCCCGGUUACGCCAUAUUCAAAUGUUUCGUCCGAGCAUACCAGAUUCACGGACUGGUCCUCCAGUCAGCCUAGCCCUGCCCAUACAAGUAGGAGCAUACCUGCAACAGAUGGCGAGCCGUCCCGUAGGCGACGAAGGAUAGAUGGACCAACUCUAAAUCCGGCACACAACCGCCAGUCACAACAGCGACAUGACCCUGAAGGUCGGUCGAUUGCCAUGUCAUAUAAUCUCUCGAACUAA